AUGAUUUCUCGCCGGAGGACAUACAUACGGCGUGCUCCCGGCCUAUUCUCAUGCAGUUUUUGUCGUCUCUCUACAUCCGCCCGGCGCUACAACUCUUCCAAACCUUUAAAACCGGCUUGGCUGCUGAUAUCCGGCGCUUCAACGUUCUCUCGCCGCUGCUUCGCCAGCUUCAGACCAGAAUGGGCUUACCGCCUUGAGAAAUCCCAGGCCUUCGAAGAAUGCGACACCAAGCAGCAGCGUUCAGCUGAACUGGGACUAUUUGCUGGGUUUCACAUUGCUGGGUCUUUAACUGAUCCUUACUUCAUUAAUAAAGCCGUCUCAUUUUGUGCCAAAUCUGCGUCUUUCUUAGCGGGCAUUCAGUUACAUUCGCCAAUAGUGAAGCUGGGUUUUACAUCAAACGUGUAUGUGUAUAGCGCAGUUGUCUACAUGUAUUCCAAAUGUGGUGACAUCCAGAGUGCGCAGAAAAUAUUCGACGAAAUGCCAGAGAGAAACGUUGUCACGUGGAACUCGCUUAUUUCUGGCUAUUUGGAUGCUAAUUUCCCGAAAGUGGCUGUUCAAUUAUUUGUUGAGAUGCUCCGACAGGAAAAUUCAGUUACGCCAUUCAGCCUUUCUAGUUGUCUGGUCAGCUGUUCACAAUUGGAGCACAGGGACCUCGGAGAGCAGCUUCAUGCAAUAAGUUUGAAAGCGGGGUUUGGCAAUCAUGUUGUCGUGGGGACCGGUCUGAUUGAUAUGUACUCAAAGUCUUGUAGCGUUGGCCUGUCAAAGUUGGUGUUCGACCGUAUAGCGGAUAAGAACCUGAUUACUUGGACAUCCAUGGUUACUGCUUAUUCACAGAAUGAAGAACCUUGUGAAGCAAUGGUGUUAGUCAGAGAGAUGAUUCAAUUGGGUUUGAAAUUGAAUGGUGUGACGUUUAACAGUUUACUGAGUUCAUUUUCUACUCCAGAUCACUUAGAGUGCUGCAAGCAAGUUCAUUGCUGUAUAAUUCGUCAAGGUUUAGAGUCUAAUGAGUAUAUUACAGCAACACUUGUGACUGUCUAUUCGAAAUGUAGUCGUAGCCUGGAAGAAUUCGUAAAGGCAUGCUCUGGUGUUGCAAUUUGGGACCAGGUAUCUUGGAAUGCCGUGAUUGCUGGCUACUGCAAUCUAGAAUGUGAAAAGGAAGCUUUCAGAUGUUUCUGUGAAAUGAGGCAGACUGGGACUGAUGGUGACUUCUAUACAUUUACUAGUUUGGUGGGAGUGAUUGGGAGUAGUUCUUUCCUCGAAGAGGGAAGAGAGGUUCAUGCUCUCAUUUCCAAGACUAGGUAUGCUUCAAGUUUGCAUGUGCAGAAUGGGCUUGUUUCCAUGUAUGCAAGAUGUGGUGCUAUUGACGAAUCCAAAAGAAUAUUCUGGUCGAUGCCAAAACAUGAUGUCGUGUCAUGGAACUCGCUUCUAACAGCAUGUGCACAUCACGGAUAUGAUCAGGGACUCGAGUACUUCGAUUUGUUAAAAAGUGAUGCUUCAGUUGGUCCCCCUACAUUAGAGCAUUAUGCUAACGUUGUUGAUGUUUUUGGUCGAGCUGGAUACAUAAAAGAAGCAGAAACUUUUGUCAGCAACAUACCAAUAAAACCUGGCCCCACAGUCUACAAGGCUCUGCUUAGUGCGUCUUUAGUACAUGGUAAUAUGGAAGUUGCAGAGCGUUCUGCCAGAAAGCUUGUAGAUCUGUGGCCAAAUGAUAGUGCAACAUACAUCAUGCUAUCAAAUAUGUUGAAAACAAGUGAUAAUUGGGAUGAUGCAGUAGUUGUGCGCAAACUGAUCUGUGACAGAGGCAUGAAGAAAAUACCUGGUUGUAGUUGGAGUUGA